AAUGAAUCAAAUAUUUUGUGGUAAUUUUAUUUCAGGAGCUAGACGCGGCUCUCGGGCGAUAUCGGGCAGGAUUUGGAGUCGCAGACGAUGGAAUUAUGUUCCCCUAGCUACUCGCGCCAUUAGUGCUAAUAUAAGCAUCGAGCAUGCGCAUGUGUAGGAAGCUGUUGGAGAGCGUCACUCGCCGGAAGUCGUGGGACACGCGCAGCCUCCUGGACACGCCCUUCAACAGAUGUCUCAACAUCGUCGACCUCAUCGGCAUAGGAAUAGGUAGUAGUGCCGGUAUUGGAAUCUACGUACUCUCUGCGCAUGUCGCCAGAUGCGAUGCGGGACCAGCUUCCGUUUUAUCCGUACUCCUUGCUGGUGUGACGUCACUGCUAGCAGGACUGUGCGAGGCAGAAUUGACAACACGUCUUCCCAAAGCAGGCACAUCCUAUGUCUACAGUUAUUCGGUUUUCGGAGAGUUGUCGGCCUUUAUCACCGGGUGGAGCCUCAUCCUGGAGCACGUGCUAGGGGCCGCUGUAGCUGCCAAAGCAUGGGGUCACUAUCUCGACUACAUGCUCAACGACACAUUGCAUAAAUACCUUGCCGAAACCUGGAACUGGGGUAAUUCUACGCUGUUGGCUACUACACCGGAUGUGUUGGGCUGUUCAGUGCUACUGGUUUCUACUCUGCUGAUUCUACUUAGUGUGAAGAUCUACUCCGUUGUAAACUUUGUUCUGAUGUCGAUCUCGGGACUGUUCGUGCUGUCGUUCAUCUGCGUGGGUUUCUUCCACAUCCAGACUCACAACUGGACCAAGUCGCCGGGUUUCUUCCCGCACGGUGUUAGAGGAAUGACUUCUGGUGCUGCCCUCAUGGUGUAUGGAUUCUCUGGAAUCGACAACGUGGCCACGGCCAGCCAGGAGUCGAAACAGACGUACAAGCACGUGCCCACCGCCAUUGUGUCUUGCUGUAUCGUCGUGUUCUUCGUGUACUUUGGUUCCACCGCGUCUUUGACCCUCUCCUAUCCGUGGAGCCAGCUGGCGGAGAGAGCGCCGUUGUCCAAAGCCUUCGAAGGAAAACACAUCUUUGCUGCCAAAUACGUGAUAGGAAUAGGUGCUUUGCUGGGUUUACUCGCUUCUGUUCUUGGGUUCCUGUUCUCUCUUCCAAGGAACAUGUACGCCAUGAGCAAAGACGGACUACUUCCACGUUGCUUGUCUCGUGUUAGCUCGAAAUCAAAGACGCCAAUGGUGUCGACUUUUUUAAUAGGAGUCAUGUCCGCAGUCGUCUCUCUGUUUCUAAAUUUCGAAAGUGCUGUAGAAAUGCUGUCGGCCGCUUCUCUGUUCAGCUACUUUGUGUGUGCGAUUAGCGUCGUGUGUCUCCGGUACCAGACGGAAAGUGUCGGAGUCUACCAGGAAUAUUCGGACGCCGAGGAUACCGAUUACUCGAAGCACGGUUACGCUACGGCAGCAGACGAUCAUACAACAAAAGUGUUACCGAAGUUGGAGAUCAUGGCCAACGGAGACAUGAGCCUCCAUUACGACUCCAACAGCAUUGCGGAGUCGCACGUCGACGGCUUGUACAUGAACGGCCACUGCUGCCGGGACAAUCGCGAUUCUCUGAGACGACACAGCAGCGUUAACAGCGAGAGGACUCGCCUCUUCCCUAAACGAUCCAGAUCCAACUUCUCUCUGUCCAGCCUCAGCAGCAUGAUCCGUCUUCCCAGCUACUCGUGCACGGAGCCCAGCCAGAGCACGUGGGGGACCGCCAGGUGUGCGCUCGUCGUCUUCAUCAUCUCCAGCACGUGCAUGUGUCUUUGUCUCAUUGCGCUCUCCGUAGAGACAUCCAGCAGGGUGUGGUGGGCCGUGACCGCCUCGUGCAUUUCCGCCGUGUUCAUGAUCACGGCGGCGCUGUUCGUUGCCAAGCAACCGCAGAACAGGACCAAGCUGUACUUCCGGACACCUUACGUGCCAUUUGUGCCUCUCCUCCUUAGCUUCCUGGCCAUGGUGUUGAUAGCCGCCCUGCCCUUCCUAGCGUGGAUACGAUUUUCUGGGUGGAUCGGUGCAGGCCUCUUGGUAUACUUCCUGUACGGAAUACGACACAGCACGAUGUCUACAGCAGACGAACAGGAAGUGGUAUUAUAUGACGUCACAAAUCCGGAAUUUACCGUGGAUCAAAUGGCAAGUGGACUACCCCGUGCGCAGUAGCCAUUGGUUAGCCGUGAUGACGUCACAAUCGACAGAAAUAGCCAUUCAAUGCAUAGACAGGUGUACAUAGCAAGCUUUGUCAUAACGAUCU